AUGUCUCUGCGUGAAACUCAAGUCGACGUUUUGGUCAUCGGGGCCGGGCCUGCGGGCCUGAUGUGCGCGAACGCGCUGGCCAAGGCUGGCGUCAAUGUGCGGAUCAUCGACCAACGACCGAGCAAAGUUGCAGCCGGACAAGCAGAUGGGAUUCAGCCGCGGACGAUCGAGGUGUUCCAGAGCUAUGGGCUGGCUGAGCGGCUGUUGAAGGAGGGCAAUCAAAUGCACGUCGCCGCGUUCUACGAUCCGAGUUACGUGACUGCUCCGACGGCGCGCUAUCCGUUCGAAGUGACACUGCAUCAGGGCGCCAUCGAGAACAUCUUCCUAGACUCGAUGCGUGAGCUGGGUGUCCAGGUCGGCCGGCCCAUCGUGCCAACAGAGCUGCUUGUGGAUUCGGAGAAGGCCGGAGAUCCCUCCGCCCAUGCAGUCCGGGUCGCGCUGAAGCAUCUUGAUGACGGCCAAGAAGAGCUUGUCCAUGCGCGGUUUGUUGUGGGAGCAGAUGGUGCGCACUCGUGGGUGCGCAAGACAUUUGGCAUCGCCAUGGAAGGCUCACAGAGCGAUUUUGUCUGGGGUGUCGUGGACAUGGUGCCCCGAACCAAUUUCCCCGACAUCAGGAACCGAUGUGCCAUUCAUUCUAAGAAUGGCUCGUGCAUGAUCAUCCCUCGGGAAGGUGAUAAAGUCCGGCUGUAUAUCCAAUUGGAGGGCAAGGACGCAGUUGACGCCACGAGUGGCAGAGUCGAUCGAAGCAGGAUUGGCCCACACCACAAAUCUUUCGCUCCGUUCUAUUUCGAAACUCCGGAUGAAUUCGAAUGGUGGACGAUCUAUAUCAUCGGUCAACGUAUCGCGAGCAAGUUUUCGGUUGAGGAUCGGGUUUUCAUAUCCGGUGAUGCCUGCCACACUCACUCCCCAAAAGCAGGCCAAGGCAUGAACGCGAGCAUGAAUGACACGCACAAUCUCGCUUGGAAGCUUGUCUACGUCCUCCGCGGCUGGGCCGGUUUGUCCCUGUUGAAGACAUACGAAUUCGAAAGAAGAUCAUACGCUCAGGACCUCAUCAAUUUCGACAUCCAAUUUGCUCAGCUCUUCUCUGGCAAGCCGCGCACGGAGGAAAACCAAGACGGUGUCUCCCACGAAGAAUUUCUCAAGAUUUUCCAGAAAUUUGGCGGAUUUACGAGUGGUAUCGGAAUUCAUUACGGCGGAUCGACGAUUGUGGACGUUACCAGACAGGAAUGUGCUAAGAACGUCGUGGUUGGCCAACGUAUGCCUCCGCAGAUGUUGCUUCGAGCAGCGGAUUCCAGACCAGUACAGCUGCAGGACAUGCUGCCGUCCGACACUCUAUUCAAGACCAUAGUAUUCGGGGGAGACGGAGAACUUUUAGACAAGGUCGCCCCCCAACUUGAAGCUCUCUUUAAUCGAUACCGCGAGAGAGUCGACAUGAUGUCAAUUCUAUCGUCUUCCGCACCCGCUGGGUUUACAUUCAUGGAUCUGCCCGCUGUUCUCAGACCCCAUUGGACCAAGCCGGACUUGCGGGGCACGCAGGGCGGCACUGUCUACUCCGAAUUUGGCAUAGAUCCCAUCGCGGGGGCUAUUGUUUGUGUUCGACCGGACGGUUACGUGGGCUUGGUCGCUCCGCUGCAAGACGCGGUUGCUCUGGAAAGCUUUUUUGGCGCAUUUAUGUCGUAG